AUGGCGAGCUCAUCAUCGGGAGGUGGAGUUCCACCCGGAUUCCGGUUUCACCCGACAGACGAGGAGCUUCUCCAUUUUUACUUGAAGAAGAAAGUCUCCUUUCAGAAGUUCGAUAUGGAGGUCAUCAGGGAAGUCGACUUGAAUAAGAUCGAACCCUGGGAGCUACAAGAGAGGUGUAAGAUCGGGUCAACACCUCAGAACGAAUGGUACUUUUUCAGCCACAAGGACCGGAAAUACCCUACUGGGUCGAGGACAAACCGAGCUACUGGCGCUGGGUUCUGGAAAGCAACUGGCAGAGACAAAUGCAUAAGGAACAGCUUGAAGAAGAUUGGUAUGAGGAAAACACUGGUGUUCUAUCGUGGUAGGGCUCCCCACGGCCAAAAAACUGACUGGAUCAUGCAUGAGUACCGUCUUGAUGAUGAUGACAUCACUCAUCAUAAUCAUAUUAAUGAUCCUGAUCAGCCAACUGCCACUACUGCAGAAGACGGAUGGGUUGUUUGUCGAGUAUUCAAGAAGAAGAAUCUGUUCAAAGUUGGCAACAGUAAUGGCAAUAGUAGUAGUAGUAGUAUGUCAAUGAUGGUGAUGAUGAACAAUGUUAAUGUUAGUCAUGGUUAUGAUGAUGGUGAUGAUGCAGACCUCAAUAUGAGCACUUCUUCUAUAUCUAUUGCUGCUGCUGCUGCAACCGAAUCCCGAUCCCUCUUCAGUACCCAUGGAAACAGCUGCAGCAACAAUAUUGAUAAUAUCAAUCAGUCGACUCCGUAUUUGCUGCACUCUCAUGAUCAAAAUAUUAAUUAUACUGAUCACAAUAAUAACAUUAUACCCUUAUUACCCCCAUAUCAUCAAUAUCCACAGCAGCAGCAGCAGCUUGAAGCCCAGAAUUUCAUCGUUAAUCGUCAUAAUUUCCGUAUUGCGACGACCACUACAACAAGUCCUAGUAAUAUCAUUAAUGCAGGUAAUUACGAUAAUGGGAGCAGUAAUUGUAUGCAGGUUAAACAGUUCAUAAGAGAAGAUUGCUGCGAGAGUGCAAUAAGUCCCGCAGGUAAUUACCAAUCUCCACAGCCCGCAAUAUUGGAAUGCAAUAAUCAAUCGAGAUCAGAUGAUCAUCCGAAUUUCAACGAAUGCCUUAUUGCGAUCAAUAAUGCACCUACUUCCCAACAUCACCAUCAGGAAUCCAAUAGUACCGCCAACUCCUCCUCUAUCAACCAAACCAAUCCAUUAUCGCUAAGGAAUGAGACUGACUUCUGGGCUUAUGCCAAGUAG